AUGCCAUCGACAUACCUCUGGUUGCUGUUGUGCUACGCUCAGUACGCGAGUUCCAAUCUACUGCAAGACUAUGAAGAAAUCAGCAUUAGCCUGCUAAGCCCGCCAGUGGACGCCAUCUCUAUGGCCCUUCCCAAUGACCUGGGCAGAGAUAGAAAGUCAGGCUGCCUGUGUCGCGGGACUAAAAGCAGAGAUGUUAUUGUGUGCUUUGGCAACUACGAAUGCAAGAAAACACCUUUGGUAACUCUAGGAACGUCCACGGAGUUAAUUAUAAGGACAACGAUAAUACCUGAAAUCCUUGUUGGAGAUCUAGAUAUGUAUUACAACUUGAAGGUCUUCAGAUUUGAUGGUAAUAGUAGACUGCAUAAUUUAGAACCAGGCCUAUUUAGGAACUUAUCUAGUCUGGAACAAUUGUCUAUUUCGUAUAAUACUCAACUGCACUCGAUUCAAGAAGGUACAUUUGAAGGAUUGAUAAAUCUCCGCAAUCUCACUUUAAUUAAUAAUAAUUUUAAGAAUAUUGCUACGUUAACUCCUGCCUUGAAGCCAGCAAUUUUGCCUAAUUUAAAGGCGUUGGAUUUAUCCGAAAAUGCUUUUGGUGAAAUCUCAGAAGCCGCUUUUGAUCCUAUGAAGGGCACACUACUAAAAAAACUUGACAUUAAUUUAUGCAGGUUGGAUUUUAUUCAUCCCAAUAGUUUUUCAAAGCUUAAAAUGCUGACUGAGCUGCGUAUUGGCGAAAAUGACUUGUACUCUCAGACGAUUAUAAAAUUCCUAAUUAGUAUGAAAGAAGAUAACAUUAAUCUAUCAUAUUUGGACUUAUCAAGUAUGGGAUUCAGAAAACGACCCCCACAAGAUUUAAUGAAAGUUAUUGCAAAUUCAUCAAUCACGAGACUUAGUUUAGCAGACAACCAGUUCGAAGUUAUUGAUGAUGAUGAUUUUCCAUAUAUGCCAAACAUAGAGAUUAUGGAUUUAAGAAGAAUUUUAGCCAUGUCUGUUGGUCAUAAUGCUUUCGACCCCAGUAAAUUUCCUCGAUUACGAAUACUAUUGCUAAGUGGAAACAAUUUACCUGGCAUUCAUUUGAAGCAUAUAUCUAACCAACAGCUCCUGCUGCUAGAUUUGUCAUCGAACAAGGGAUUAGAUUCGAGGCCAAUGUACUAUGAAAUUGAUCGAGGUGUCUUUAGUGAAUGCAAGGAUUUGCGAUUCCUUAAUUUAGCAUUUAAUAGAAUAAAGCAUAUAUAUAAUCAUACUUUCAUCGGGCUGAGUAACUUGAGAAUCCUCAAUAUGGAAAAUGGGACGAUUUUUCACAUUGGCAACGGAACGUUUAAGCCGUUGAAACACCUGGAGUUUCUCAAUUUAAAAAACAAUCCGUUGACUGCAAAUGAAAAUCUGACAAGCGCUAAAUUCGAGGGCUUGAAUGAAUUGAAAGUAAUCAUAAUGAAGAAUUGUGGUAUAAAACGUUUCAACGAUGAUGAUAACAUUUUCGAAACCAUGCCAAAGUUAACACAUUUAAUUCUCUCUGAUAAUCAAUUAUUUUAUAUCACACCAACAUUAUUAAAACCGCUAAAACUUUUAAAAGUUUUAGAUCUCAGUGAAAAUUUGUUUGUGUCGUGGUGGCAGCCCUUAUUUCUAUCCUCGGGAGUGCAGCCUAAAAAGUUAUAUCUUAUGAACAACAAAAUAACGCAUUUCACUUUGAGCAUGAUAGCAGACAUCAACUAUCUAUUAGAAAAGAGCGGCAAUGUUACUGUAGAAAUUGAUCUUGCUGAUAAUUUAUUCGUCUGUGAUUGCAAUUCUAUGUACAAGACCUACAUGUGGCUACAAGUGAACGGUUCUCUCAUAUUGAAGCAGUACUUUGCCAAUUCUAAUAUAUUAUGCAGCAGCCCUGAUGUUUGGGAAGACCGUAGAGUUGCUGACUACAUUGCUUCUAUAAAAAGUCUCCGUUGUUUAGUUUAUCAGAAUAUAUCCAAUAUGAUGUUGCUAGUUUGGACCGCACCAUCGUUAGUUACAAUUGCUCUCCUUUUAUUCAUAAUCAUAGUGUUGUAUAGAUACAGAAUUUAUAUAAGAUACUGGCUAUUCUUAGCUAAAGUUGCGUUAGGUCGUAAAUUUAUAAAGAAAUCUCUCCAAGCGAAGGACAUUCAACCGAAAGGUUACAAGUACGACGCGUUUGUGUCGUAUUGCAACGACGAUAGAGAUUUUGUUUUAGAAAUGAUUGCCCAGUUAGAAUCAACACCUCCCUAUUUAAAGUUAUGUAUAUACGAAAGAGAUUUUGAAAUAGGUGCAUUUAUAUCUGAAUCGAUAUUAGGUAGCAUUAAUGAAAGUAGAUAUAUAAUUUUGAUUAUAAGUAAUAGUUUUGCUAAAUCGCAAUGGUGCAGAUGGGAAACGCAUUUGGCUGAGUACCAUAGACUAUUCUUGGAUGACGGUACACCUUAUGACCCCGUAGUGUUGAUAAAAAAAGGUGACGUGGACAGUAAAUACCUUACAACAACCUUAAAGUAUUUGUUAAAGACGAAGAUAUAUCAUUCGUGGGACGAAGAAAACCCUGAAGAUUUUUUCAAGAAACUAAGAAAUGUAUUAGUCAAAAAUAAAUGA